AUUGCAUCAUCUGCUCAUGCUUUCGAACUGGCAACCUAAACAUUCCGAGGGGCUGUUUUCAAUGCGAAAGGCUGCCACCGGAAGAAUUCAAGAUGCUGGUAAGACAGACUGCUGCAAGGCUAGUUCCAAGAUGUUUUGUGGUAUCGAGCUUAACUACGGAUAAACAGUCAAGGAAAAGCUCUUCAUUUGUUGGCAAGGAUUUUUUAACAUUGAAAGACUUCAGUGGAGAUGAGAUAAAAAGCUUGCUAUGGACAGCACUUGAUCUAAAGCACAGAAUCAAAAGCAACAAUGAGAAUUUCAGACCACUGGAAGGGAAAACCCUUGCUAUGAUAUUCCAGAAGAGAAGCACUCGAACAAGAUCAUCCACUGAAGGAGGGUUCUCGGUUCUUGGAGGUCAUGCUAUUUCCCUCAGUCCGGACGAUGCCCAUCUUGGUGUGAAUGAGACCAUCAAAGACACUGCAAGGGUGUUGUCACGCCUCAGUGAUAUUGCUCUGGCAAGAGUUUACGGUCAUUCUGAUCUUGAGGAAAUGUCUAGUGAGGCAUCAGUACCAAUUGUCAAUGGUCUUUCAGAAACAUACCACCCUUUGCAGAGCUUGGCCGAUUUCCAGACCUUAAUGGAACAUUAUGGACACUUGCGCGGGUUGAAAAUGGCCUGGGUUGGAGAUGGUAAUAACAUUGUCCACUCGUUAAUGAUGGCGGCACCCAGACUUGGUGUAGACUUGAACAUUGCUACACCAAAGGGUUAUGAGGUGUUCCCAGAAGUCGCCAAAGACGCAGAUGAAUUUGCAGAACAGUGCUCCACCAAGAUAGCGUACACUAACGACCCGCGUGAAGCAUGCAAAGGUGCCAAUGUUAUCGUCACUGACACUUGGAUUAGCAUGGGACAGGAAGAAGAGAAGGCUGCGAGAUUAAAGGCUUUUGCUGGUUACCAAGUAACAAAGAAACUGACAUCGUUAGCUGCUGACAAUUGGUGCUUCUUACACUGCUUGCCUCGCAAACAGGAAGAAGUAGAUGAUGAGGUUUUUUAUUCAGACCGGUCUUUGGUUUGGGAUGAGGCAGAGAACCGAAAGUGGACUGUCAUGAGCGUGUUGCUGAAUCUUCUCAAAGACUAUCAGCCAACCAUCCCGAAACCAAAAUUCUAAAUAGCGGUUGUGCUUGGGAAGAUCGUUUCAAACAAAGCGGAAAAAUAGAACACUACAAACUUUAAGGGAUGUGUUGUAAAAUUAUUUAUGAUGGCGGGACUUUAUACAUGCAGUAGAAUAAUAUUGCUCAACCAAUAUUUGAAUAAAUGGUGCAUCUUUGCAUU